AUAUAUAUCCAGCAAGAUCUCCUGUAUCUACAGCGACUAUCUGUAUCCAGAAUUAUCUCCUAUAUCUACAGAGACUAUAUAUAUCCAGAAAGAUCACUUAGAUCCACAAACAUUGCUUGUUCGAAGAAAGAUUGAUUGUAUCCAGUAAUAUCCAUCGUUUUUUGCCAGAUGUGACUCAGUAACAGGGGAAGCCGUUGUGGGUCCCAACACAGAACUGGUUUGUCCCAGAGAGGUCCUUGUCCCAGUCAGGUCACUGUGUCCAGAGCUGAGUGUCCUCCAGAAUAGGUCAGGGUCAGCCCUGAGCAGAGAUUCCAGGAGUCUCAGUGAAGAAUGGAUCCAGGUUCCAAGUGCAAAGUUUGACUGCAAUCCUGGACUGUUACAGUGAUACUAUCUCCUCCAGCAGGGAAUACAUGGGAUGGAAUGAACACAUACAAAUCUUAUCCCAUCUAUCUGACACUUCCUGGGCAGGAGAGAGGGCAGCCCUCUGCUCACAUAUGGAUGUGAUGACUUCCUAGAUGUACACAGACUAAACUCCCAGCUCCUUCCUCUGAGACUGACUCUCCAUAAUAACUGCUUUAUUUGUAUCUGUUGCAAAGCUUGGGGCCACCAGGAGAUAUGGCUUAUACAUCCUGGGACAAGGUGAGAAGGGCCAGCCAGCUGGACUCCCUGGCAAUGAGCAUUGUUGGCUAACUGGAAGGUCUGUACAGAUUCUGCCUUUGCUCUCCCACCUUUGGAUGCAGUGACCUUGGAUAUGGGAUCAUUUUUGGUGACUUCUAGUCUGUGUGUAAUUCUCUGCUGCUCACUAUUACAUUCGGCUAAUUCUCAGGGUUAUCGACUAAUGGAGGUAACAUCUCUGGAUCACAAUCAGAUCCCUACUCCGAAAUCAGGCAUGCGGCCUGGUCCAGCAGAUACCUCAUGGGUGGAUGCUGAUGAUGUUGUCACCAAGGAAGAGCAGAUUAGCCUUUUAUAUAACGCCAAAGCAAGGUGUGAGAGACAUCUGAAGUCCAAAGUGCCAAAGUCACACGAUGGGUUUUGUUUGUCUGAGUGGGACGGUGUGGUCUGUUGGCCGGCAGGUGCCCCAGGCAGCGUGGUGUCCAUUCCUUGCCCCGAAUACAUCCUUGACUUCAACCACAAAGGUCAUGCCCAUCGACGGUGUGACAUGAACGGGAGUUGGGAACUUGUGCCAGGUAACAAUCGGACCUGGGCAAAUUACACAGAGUGCACAAAGUACCUCUCCAACGAUACCAGGCAAAGGUUUCUCUUUCAGGAAGUGUUUGACCGCCUUUAUUUGAUUUAUACUGUCGGGUAUUCCAUCUCCCUUGGAUCCUUAACUGUAGCUGUCCUUAUUCUAGGAUACUUCAGACGAUUACACUGCACAAGGAACUACAUCCACAUGCAUCUGUUUGUUUCCUUCAUGCUGAGAGCUGCCAGUAUCUUUGUUAAAGAUGCCGUCUUAUACUCUGGAUCUGCUAUUGAAGAGAUGGAGCUGAUUCCUGAAGAAGACUUCAAGGCAUUUGCCGAUGACCCUCCAGAAGAAAAAGCUUACUUUGUGGGAUGCAAAAUAGUUGUAACUUUCUUCCUCUACUUCCUGACGACCAAUUAUUAUUGGAUCCUGGUGGAAGGACUCUACCUGCACAGCCUCAUCUUCAUGGCCUUUUUCUCAGAUAAAAAAUACCUGUGGGGAUUCACGCUGUUUGGCUGGGGGCUGCCUGUCGUGUUUAUUACAAUAUGGGCCAGAGAAAGGGCUACAGUUGCAGACACAGAGUGCUGGGACUUAAGUGCUGGUUAUUUAAAAUGGAUUAUACAGGUCCCUAUCCUGGCUGCUAUUUUGGUAAAUUUUGGUCUUUUUUUAAAUAUUGUACGUGUUCUAGCGACAAAACUAAGGGAGACGAACGCAGGGAGAUGCGAUGCUCGGCAACAGUACAGGAAGCUGCUGAAAUCAACCCUAGUACUGAUGCCACUUUUCGGAGUACACUAUAUAGUAUUUAUGGCGCUGCCUUAUACCGAAGUGUCGGGAACCUUGUGGCACAUUCAAAUGCAUUAUGAAAUGCUGUUUAACUCUUUCCAGGGGUUCUUUGUCGCCAUAAUCUACUGCUUCUGCAAUGGAGAGGUGCAAGCCGAAAUAAAGAAAUCGUGGAGCAGGUGGACACUUGCACUUGACUUCAAACGAAAAGCCAGGAGUGGAAGCACCACAUAUAGUUAUGGCCCAAUGGUGUCUCACACAAGUAUUACUAAUGUAACUACGAGAGGGACCUUAGCCCUACACCUAAACACUAGACUUGUAUCAGCAGCCAUUAACGGCCAUAGGAACUUACCGGGUUAUGUAAAAAAUGGCUCAAUUUCUGAAAAUUCUAUACCUUCUUCGGGACCAGAACAAUAUAAUAAAGAUGAGGAAUAUCUAAACGGAUCUGGAAUAUAUGAUGGCGAAAGACCAGAUUCCGUUGUAGAAGAAGAGAGAGAAACUGUAAUGUAAAUAUUUUGUCGAAGAACAUAGUGGGCCAAGGAGACCUACAGUGGGUUCAAAGGAGAAUUGCAUUUCAUGGAACAAAGAACUUGUUGUAAAGCAAACCAGCCAGUUGUGAAUGUGAGCUGGUAUUUAUUUGCAUACACUCUAUUGUGACCUGCUUCCAUUGUGGUAAUGAAGUCUAUGCCUUUCAACCAUGAAUGGUGGUUUCUUCUGAACAAUGAGAAUUAGUGCAUUCAACUUACGACCUAUUCCCUGAGAGCCUCAGAGCACAAAGGCCUCACUUAACGAAUAAUGAUAAGGAUUAAAAUUAUAAUUUUUUAUGAUGUACUUGUGCAUUAUUUUCAAUAACUUUUAUAAAAUAUUAUUUGGUUUA